AAACUGAUUCAUCCUGGUUUCACGCCCGCACCCUUGGCAACCUCGAUUGCGCCUCGAGACGCCUUUCAAUCUGUAACCCAAACUACACUCAACUUCGCAUCUACCGUGAUCGUCUCUUUGCACAUCGAUGCACACCCUCCACUCGCUGUGGCCGCCACUAAGGCAUCUGAGGUGGACAUUAAAAUCCGCAAAAUCUGCGUUGACCUUCUGGUUGACACGCUUCGCGUAAACCCCCUGGUUGCGGAGCCCUUCCUCAUCCGCGAGAUGGACCGUGUGAUGCAGUCGGCAGAUGACCACUUUGCCGAUGAAAUGCUCGACCUCCUGACAGCUCAUCUGCCUGCCGAUCGACGAGGUGCGAAGAUGAGCGGUGCAGUUAAUGGUGCCUACUCAACCUCAUCGCGGAUUCGUCGUCAUAGUCCGGUGCCACGCCAUCCGCCGCCACUGACCCUUAGCGGAGCAAACGCUGACACCAGACGACUGCAAGUCAUUGAGUACCUGACCUUUUACGAAAGUCUCGCUCGCAAGGACAUGACACUGCGCUAUCUCUUCCGCCUUGAGAAGCUUCAUGAACAGUGCUCCAACGAUGUUGAGCGAGGUUACACCUUGGAGCAUAUCAGCAAUCAGUUUAAGGUGCGCUUCCUUCCUUCCUUCCCUCGAUUUCGUCGUUUUUUCAUUAUCCGCUUUUCAGUUUAUUUUUCACCCAGCUGGUCGUAG